CUUGCAAGUGAAACGACAGAAUCUUGUCAUCAAUAAGAAAAAAGAAAAAACCGAAGCAGCAGCAGCAGAGACGCCGGAAGCGGAAGGGAAAGUGGAGCCACCACCUACCCGCCGCCGGAGAAGAGACCGGCGUCCGUGAGCCAGCCACCGCACCGUCUCCGCUCACCACUACCGCCUUCCCUCCCCUCUGUGCAAGAGAGUUUGUCAUAAUGCAAAGCCCUAGCAAACUGCGUGCCACCUCUGUGUCCACACAACCUCCUCCGUCCGGGCUCCAUUGUUGGGCAGACCUCCCAGAUGACCCGCUUCACACCAUUCUUGCUUUGUCAGGAUCCUUCCGUGACAUUCUUGCCUUUGCUGCAACAUGCCGCUCUUGGCGUGCUGCAUUCUCCUCAUACCCAUCCAAAUAUACCUUCUGCUCCAAAUUCCCGCCUCUCCUCGUUCAAUUGAAUGCUAGUGUUCAAGCUGCCGACCUGUCUUCUAACAGUGGUCAUCACGACCUACGCACAUGCAAGGUCAUUGAUCCGACCAACAAGAACGUCCCCCUUCGCUGCCAGAUUCCUAGAGAAAUUUAUCAGGAGAUGCAUUUCGCUGGCACUUCCUAUGGUCAACUAAUUUUUUGCCGUGGUGGACAUUGUCUUAUUGUUGAUGUGUUCAGCGGUGCGAAGGUUUCACCUCCACGUCUCCCAUUCAACGGCGAUUUUGCGAGGGAGAUCUACUUCAGUGGUACCUUGACAGCUCCCCUUCCAUCAUCGGACUCACACCUCCUUGUGAGCACUACAACCUCCCUGUUUGAUUGGCCAGUUGGAAGUGACUCUUGGUCUGAACUCGAGCUUUCUCAUGCAUGGAUAGAACAGAUCGUGGAAUUCAAUGGGCAGUUCAUCGCGAUGGAUGAUUGCUGUGAGAUAUACACUUUGCAGCUGUCGCCCCAGCUUGGUCUGCAGAAGAUAACAACUGAGUUUGUCAGCGACCUCACCCCAAGCUCGUAUGAGAAACCAUGGCUGGUGGUCUGUGGCGACAUGCUUCUGAUGGUUUCCCGUUUUAGCACAUAUAUUUCAGGCUGGUCAGUAUUUGUAGCACACCACCUUGACAUGGCAACCAACCCUAAAAAAUGGGUGGCGGUAAAGCAGCUGGACAAUUGCGCACUCUUUGUUGGGGGUGAUGUGAGGAGCCGACCAUUUUCUUGCUUGAACCCAGAACGCUGGGGAGGAAGGGACAAGUCGCUGUACUAUGCGGGCCUUGACUCUUUUAUUGUGCAUGGGGUAGGUGAUGAGCAAGAUCCAUCUGCUGGUCCUAUGAUUGAAUACAAUAGAAGCUGGUGUCCCAAUCUUCUGCCCCUCUGGGUAUAUCCGAGCAUGUUCUACUCAGAUUCCCAGUGAUCAUCGCGUGCAAAUAUGCUGCUCUACAAGACUACAAGCUCUGAUGAAAAUUUCCUCUUGCAACACAGAGCAUGGAUUUUUGCAACUUGGAUAAGACACAGGAGGUGCCAUGUAGCUGUAGCACUUGCCAAAUUUUCCUUGUUGUAAGAGAAAUGUAAGGCACAAAAAGAUGUACUUAAUAAUAAUCAGCUUUGAUUGCA